AUGGAUGUCCUGUGGCUGGUGCUUCUAGCUGCACUGUGCACCUUUUUCCUGGGAGUCUUUGUCUGGGCUGUCUUUGAGCUCGUCCUCCCCACAGGUGUCCUCUCUACUCUGCAAUGUCCUGCCAAGUUCCGAUUUCUGCGCUGCGUGUUCCUCUACAUGGUCACUUCGACUCCCCCAAGAAAGACAGACUUUGCUAUAAAGUGGGCUCUCCAUAUCCGCGGGUCCUGCAUCCAUGGAUGGGGGCUCGACUGUAAGAGACUGAGCAAUGAAGAUGUUGGGAAGCCCUUGAAUGGUGCUUUUAUUCCCCCGGAAGUCUGGAAGAAGUACUGGAAGUUCAGCGUGGACAGCGUACCCGAGAGAUUCAAGAAGACAGACUACCAACCCGUAUUUCCUGCCCUUUUCAAUGAGGCUGCCUAUCUAGAACAAUCCUUGUUGGAUGUGGAACAUACAGCCCUCAUAAAGGAUGACGAGACCAUUGCCCAGCUUCCCGAGGCCUUCCUGGUGAGCUAUGACAUCCUCCGUGACGACAUCUUGCUCUAUAAGAAGUGCUUGGAGGACCAGUGGGUCCCCGUGACAUGGUAGCACGUGAAGGAUGGCUUUCAUGGAUCUCUGAUAUUAUUUGAUAGGAACCUUUCUCUCCCAUACUCCCUGAAAAUGGUGAAUGCUGUAGUCAGUUAUAUAAAGAGCACAGUGUAA